AUGGAAGAAGGAACCCCUCCUUGUCCUUGCUGCCUCAAAGUCAAGCCAUUGGACGAGCGGAUCGCGGAAACCCGAGCAUUCUUGCAGCAUCUCGAAGCGCACCGCGCCGCAUUGAUGUCCGGGGCCAAUACUUUUCAGGACCUUUUGACGGCCCUCUUCCCAGCAGAAAUCUCGUCGCGAAUUCUUUCGUCCUGCGUGGAUGAGGAGGAGGUAGAAAUGAGUGUACCGCUCGCUCUGUCCGCUGUAUCCAAAAGAUGGCGAGCCAUCGCACACACGACGCCCUCGCUGUGGACCUCCAUUCGCGUUCGAUCUGGGUUCUAUGGGCGUCAGGAUAUGUACGAGGAGAUGCUCCGCGAUUGGCUUCCUCGGUCCGCUCCGCAGUUACUCUCGAUCUCCCUCCGCAUCGAAGACACCGACGACGAUGACGCGCUCAAGUCCCAAUAUCGCCCAAUCCUCGAUGUCCUCAAUCAGCACUGCAAUCGCUGGGGUAAACUCUCUAUUGAGAUGCCUCUCCGUAUACUCGGCCUCUUUAAGACCAAAUUUCAUGACGGCCCCCCUCUACACAGCCUUUCCAUCAGUCCACCCGACGAAUACGACGACAACGACGACGUCAAUCAGUUCGGGAAGUUCGACCUCGGAGCCACCCUUCCCGCACCGGAAAUCGUCUUGAUCUCAUGUAAAGUGAGUAGGAUCCACAUAAAUUGGGCGAACGUCACCAGCGUGUCCGUUUCCGGGCCUCAAGUUCAUGAAUGCGUCGCGCUCUUCGCAGCAGCUCCUCAACUACGCGAAUGCAAGCUCACACGCGUGCGAGAUGGAGCCAAUACCACCAAUGUGGAUCCAAUCGUCCACCAGCAGCUGCGAAAUUUGACUGUACAAAUGUCGGCUGAUUCGAUAUCGCCCUUCUUCGACAACCUUGCCUUCCCGUCCUUGGAAUUUCUCAAGUAUCACGCUUUCAACCAACCACUAACUUCUCUGUCAUCCUUCCUCGCCUGUUCUUCCUGCCCUCUCAAAUCCCUCUCGAUCGGCGAAAACGAGACCGCCGACCACCGCGAUGAACUCUUCGAGAUUCUGUGGACUCUACCGAGCUUAGAGGAGCUUGAACGGAUCGGUGCGUCCAGUUUUGAAGAUUUCUUCGAGCUCUUAGCAUCCGGCGAAGAAUAUUCGCACGAGAGAAGGUUCCUACCGUCGUUGACGAAGCUUUUCCUCGACAACACGGCUGGCUUACAGGGCUUCUCGUGGAGAGACGCGUCCAUGGCGGUCAACGCAAGGACAUCUCCCUAUCGUUCUGAACAUGGCCACGCAUUCCUCAAGGAGUUCCGUUGGGACAUGUACGUACCAGAGGGAGAAGAUGGGUACUACAUUGAUGAAGGAAGCCUUCAAGUCUUUGAGCGGCUGAUCGCUGGUGGCGUUGCUAUCAAUCUCUCCAAUGGCUGGCAAACGGACGGCAAGCCAGAAGACAUGAUAGUAUAUUCCAGAGCGUUCUACGAGGCGGCGAACAGCGAACCUGCAAGCAACGCCUGA